GGCUCCCUCAGCGGGCCCAACCCGCCCGCCCGGCUUCCAUCCGGCUCCGGCGGCGGCUCCUUCCCGCCCUCGUCUAUGGUGGCGGCGGCGGGGGACGCGGCUGCGGCGUGGCCAUGAACAGUGGCGGCGGCCUUCCGCCCCCCUCGGCCGCUGCCUCCCCGUCGUCCUCCUCGCUGGCGGCGGCCGUGGCGGUCGCGGUCGCGGCCUCGUCCGGCGUCGGGGGCGUCCCCGGCGGGCCGGCUGCGGGUGUGAAGCUCAAGUACUGCCGCUACUACGCCAAGGACAAGACGUGCUUCUACGGAGAGGAGUGUCAGUUCCUGCACGAGGACCCAGCCUCCGGCGCGGCCCCGGGGCUGGGCCUCCAUAGCAACAGCGUCCCGCUGGCGCUAGCGGCCGCGUCGGGGGCCGGCUUUCCUCCCGGAGCGCUCCCGGGCGGGGGAGCGGGGCCGCCCGCGGGGCCCAAGAAGCCGGAGCUGGGCGUCCCGGGGGCGGCGACAGCGGGAGGCGGACUCGAUGGACCGCGGGUGGCGAUUCCCGGAAUGGAUGGAGGUGCUUUAACUGACACAAGUCUCACAGAGUCCUAUUUCAGCACCAGCUUUAUUGGAGUCAAUGGAUUUGGAAGCCCUGUAGAAACAAAGUAUCCCUUGAUGCAGAGAAUGACUAGUAGUAGCAGCUCCCCAAGCCUUCUAAAUGACAGUGCCAAGCCAUACACAGGCCACGAUCUUCUGACUUCAUCUGCUUCAUCCUUGUUUAAUGACUUCGGUGCCCUCAACAUCUCCCAGAGAAGGAAGCCAAGGAAGUAUCGCCUGGGGAUGCUGGAGGAGAGGCUAGUUCCGAUGGGAUCAAAGGCACGAAAAGCAAAGAACCCUAAUGGCUGCCUUGCUGACAGGUGUAAAUCAGGAGUACCCAUCAAUAUGGUUUGGUGGAACAGAGUCACAGAAAACAAUUUACAGACACCAAAUCCUACUGCAAGCGAAUUUAUACCUAAAGGAGGAUCAACCUCCAGGCUGAGUAACGUGUCCCAGUCAAAUAUGUCUGCCUUCUCUCAAGUUUUCUCUCACCCAUCCAUGGGAAGUCCUGCUACUGCUGGAUUAGCACCAGGAAUGUCAUUGUCUGCUGGAUCUUCCCCUCUCCAUUCUCCCAAAAUUACUCCACACACCUCUCCUGCUCCUAGAAGAAGAAGCCACACUCCAAACCCAGCGAGUUUCAUGGUGCCGCCUAGUGCCUCCACUCCUGCCAAUAACCCUGUUCCUCAGACUCCAUCCUCUGGUCAGGUGAUCCAGAAGGAGACUGUCGGGGGGACGACUUACUUCUAUACAGAUACAACUCCAGCACCUUUGACUGGAAUGAAGAGUGAACAUGGCCAGAUGAUCAAGGUAUUUCCAAACUAUCAUAUUUAUCCUCCAACCGCACCUCAUGUUGCUUAUAUGCAACCAAAAGCAAAUGCACCUUCCUUCUUUAUGGCCGACGAGCUCCGACAGGAGCUGAUCAACAGACAUUUAAUAACAAUGGCUCAAAUUGAUCAAGCAGAUAUGCCAGCAGUCCCCACAGAAGUUGACAGCUACCAUAGCCUGUUCCCUCUAGAACCACUGCCACCUAUGAUGAGCAGACACUUUAAUGACCCAAAUUCUGAUGCCUACUUCACAAAGAGAAAGUGGGGCCAGCAUGAUGGACCACUACCCAGGCAGCAUGCUGGAUUGUUACCAGAGUCUCUCAUCUGGAAAUUAAAAGUUAUGUUUAUUUUCUCAUGUCAGCAAGCAGAUCUGAUAUCAUUAGGAAAAGUUGUGUUGGCUUUGGCUUGCAACUCUUUGGCAGGAAUUCAGCGAGAAAAUUUACAGAAAGCCAUGGAAUUGGUGACAAUCAACUACUCCUCUGACCUGAAGAACCUCAUCUUGUACUUGUUGACUGACCAAAACAGAAUGCGGAGUGUGAAUGACAUCAUGCCUAUGAUUGGUGCUCGGUUUUACACUCAAUUGGAUGCUGCUCAAAUGAGAAAUGAUGUUAUUGAGGAAGACCUUGCUAAGGAGGUUCAAAAUGGAAGACUGUUUAGGCUUCUAGCAAAAUUGGGAACAAUCAACGAGAGGCCGGAGUUUCAGAAGGAUCCAACCUGGUCAGAAACUGGAGACCGAUACCUAUUGAAACUCUUUAGGGAUCAUCUUUUUCAUCAGGUAACAGAAGCAGGUGCUCCCUGGAUCGACCUCAGUCACAUCAUUUCUUGUCUUAACAAGCUAGAUGCUGGUGUGCCAGAAAAAAUAAGCCUGAUUUCCAGGGACGAGAAGAGCGUGCUGGUGGUGACAUACAGUGACCUAAAACGCUGCUUUGAAAAUACCUUUCAAGAACUGAUUGCGGCUGCAAAUGGUAACGAUCGGAACAGUAACUGAAGGAGCAGGCGCUGCUCUUCUCCAGGUUCAUCCAGAGGCUUCAAAGAGGCAUCUGCCUGCCAGUCAGAUACACUUAUAUUGUCCUAAUUUUUAAUAGCAAAAUGAAAUUGUGCUAAAGGCCUAAAA